GAGGAGAGAGGGAUCUCAGGCUAUGGAGCAGAUAUUAGCAUGAGCAGCAUUGUUUUACUGUUGGGAGUAGCAGAACACAACAAACAUAAACAGGACAUUUGAACAACGGAUAUCAUUUGCCAGUAAUCCUGAACUUCUAAAGCACUCCCAAAAUGUCAGAUCUGGAAGACUUCAGCAAAACAGCAGGGCAUUGGAACACAUCAGACAGCUACCAGCUGAAUGGCACCAGUGUGAUCGUGCCCGUGGUGUUCUCCCUCAUCUUCCUGCUGGGGACCAUUGGGAACAGCCUGGUCCUGGCCGUCCUCCUCCGCAGCGGCCAGGUGGGAUACAACACCACCAACCUGUUCAUCCUCAACCUCAGCGUGGCCGACUUCUUCUUCAUCGUCUUCUGCGUUCCUUUCCAAGCCACCAUCUACUCCCUGGAGGGCUGGGUGUUUGGCUCCUUCAUGUGCAAGGUGGUCCACUUCUUCAUCAACCUCACCAUGUACGCCAGCAGCUUCACGCUUGCCGCCGUCUCUGUCGACAGGUAUCUGGCCAUUCGUUACCCUCUUCGCUCUAGAGAGUUGAGAACGCCCUGUAAUGCUGUGGUUGCCAUGGUAGUCAUCUGGGGACUAUCAUUGAUCUUUGCAGGACCGUAUUUGAGCUACUACGACCUCAUAGAUUACGCCAACAGUAACGUGUGUGUUCCAGGUUGGGAGGAGUACAACCGCAAGGUGCUGGACACGUGCACCUUCGUGUUUGGUUAUGUGAUCCCCGUGCUCAUCGUGAGCCUGUCCUACACCAGAACCAUCAAGUACCUGUGGACAGCUGUGGACCCUCUGGACGGGAUGUCAGAGUCCAAGAGGGCUAAGCGCAAAGUCACCAAAAUGAUCAUCAUCGUCACAGUGCUCUUCUGCAUAUGCUGGCUGCCCUAUCAUGUGGUGAUCCUGUGCUACCUGUACGGAGACUUCCCCUUCAACCAGACUACAUAUGCAUUCAGGAUCCUCUCUCACUGCAUGGCCUACGCCAACUCCUGCCUCAACCCCAUUGUGUACGCCUUGGUGUCCAAGCACUUUCGCAAAGGCUUCAAGAAGGUAUUCAGCUGCAUUCUCAGUAAGAACAGCAGGAAUAAAGUGCAUGUGAUACAUGUGGCCAACACGGUGCCUGGGUUCGAGGCGGGGUCCACAGAAGUGUCACAAAUGAAUGAGGACAAUGUACGACAAAAUGACUGUGAGAUGAGCAGCCGGCCCAUCGUCGAGCCGAGGGAAGCAACUAUAAGCCAUUUUCAGAAACAGCCUUGAAUGAUGAGGCCUAUGGUAAAGGACUCUGUGCAGAUUGCCUUAUCACAAAGACUUUGGAUUCCAACCUCAAAGGGAUGAUGACAGUAUCUCGGUUUUUGAGAUGGUGACAAAUGGGAAUUUGAUGAGAGGGUAAAGAGAGCAUGAGAAUGGUUCAAAUAGAGAAUUACAAAUUAGAAUACUAGUCAUUUAAUUUAUGGGUUGCACCUGCGUUUCAAUAUUGGUUUGAACAUUCGUUUUAGAACUGAUGCCGACUGAGCAUUCUACUCAAUGCAUUAUCAAUGAGCCCAGAUGAAGAUAUCAUCAAGUGCAUUACAAUGGCUUGGAAAUAAUGACAUUUCAAAAUGAGGCAAAUAAUUUGUAGGAAAACCUUUUUCACCAGAUGGACUUCCAGAAUAACAUUAGCUAGCAAGCUAAGAUUGAAGUGAGACUACUGGAUUUUAGUUAGCUAACGUUAGCAUUGCUAGCUAUUUUUGACUAACUUUGCUAGCUAAUGACAACACUACCAUCUGUCUAAAGUACAUUUGACGAAAUGAUAAUGAUGGCAAAGUGGUUUCAUAGUAAAUAUUUGUCUACUUUAUCAACGUCAUUUAAACGAAACCCUCCAUUCAGAAUGAUUGGGUUUAUCACAACUUUUGGGCACCACUAUGGUGGAGGGCAGCUUGAGAAUGCUCAUAACAAUGGCAUGACGCGACCAAGUGAUGGAGGUGCAA